CCCUGAUCUCGACUUUUAUGUCAACCAAUCAACCAACCACCACCUGCACUUUCAGCUGCAGCUGCCGCGUGAAUCGUGAAUAAUCUAUUGACUUUUGUACGUCUACAAAUUUGUGUUGCACGUUGCGCUAACGACAUUCUUCUCCAAGAUUUUUAUCUCCGUUUUCAACGUGGAGCAACAAUGUACAAGGGAAAUUCGCCAUUCCACGAGGACAUGAUAAGGAUAACAGACCGUCUUCCUUCAAAAGACGAGUAUCGUCGUGUCAGACACCUAGUCCUGCAACGAAAAACGGGGCUCGACAUCACUGACGAUGAACUGGCCCAAGUUGUGGGAGCGUGUCCACACCUCGAGACCGCCGUGCUCUCUGGCAUACGCGACACUUCGGACCGAACCAUCAUCACUCUCGCGAAGACCGCAAUCAACCUUAUGGGCAUCGACGUUUCUGGCUGCCAUGAAGUGACGGACCUCGGAAUUUUGGAUAUACUUUCCCAGUCUCUACCGCUGCAAUGGGUCAUGCUUAAUGGCGUGAGGGCCCUCACAGAUCCUUCCAUCUCUGCCAUAUCCAAGUCGUGCUCGCGUCUAAUCGAGCUGGAGCUAUGCGACCUUCCUUUGCUAUCCCCACUCUCCGUGAGAGAUGUAUGGACCUAUUCGCGGAAGCUACGCACGUUGCGGUUAGCUCGUUGUCCUCUGCUCAGCAAUAAGGCCUUCCCUUCUCCAAUAUCCAUUUCAGAAUCCGAUUACGACGAGGACGGCGAGAAGCCUCUACCCCAUAGACCGGUUACAUGGCUGGAGGUCCUCCCUCCACUCAUUUUAUCACAUACGGCUGAGAAUCUUCGUAUCCUGGAUCUGGCCUCCUGCAAAAUUACCGAUGACGCGAUUGCUGGUAUCGUAAGGCACGCGCCUAAAAUCCAGACUCUGAAUUUGUCCGGAUGUGUGUCUCUUACCGACAGUGCAUUGGAAUGUAUAUGUUCGUUAGGAGAGCACCUCGAUGUGUUAAUUCUCGCUCAUGUUUCAAACAUCACCGAUUCUGGUGUCGUCAAACUGGCACGAUCGUGUUUCAACCUCAGGUGUGUUGAUGUAGCUUUCUGUCGUAAUCUGACGGACAUGGCGGUUUUUGAGCUGGCAAGCAUUAGCAGCCUACGCCGGCUUAGCCUGAUUAGAGUGCAUAAGCUCACAGAUAUCGCCAUUUUUGCGUUGGCAGAGCAUGCUAUUGCGUUAGAGCGGCUUCAUCUGUGCUACUGUGAUCGGCUUUCUCUGGACGCGAUACAUCUGCUUUUGAAAAAGCUAGAUCACUUGCAGCAUCUCACUGUGACCGGUAUACCUUCGUUUAAGAGAAGAGGAGUACAUCGGUUUUCUGAUCCUCCGCCAGCCAGUUACAACGUCGACCAACAAGCCGCGUUCCUCGUCUUCGAUGGAAUCAACGUGGGGAACCUGAGAAGGUUCCUGAACAAGGAGGAAAUGCGACGGCGAGAAGCUGAAGCUAGAAAUAUACCGUUUACGCCUCGUUCGGAUGAUAAGAUGGAUCUGUACUAGGAGCCAUUGCACAGGUUCUCGCAGUUCUGAAAUGGAUCCUCAUUUUAUAUUUAAAACUUGCGGACGUUGCAAUAUCUAUUAGAUUGUAUAUAUGCGCGUGCUGUAGUCAUUCCUAGCGUGAUCAUUUACCAGAUGAAACUUAUUUUUCAGCGCGAUUCCAAUGCUGUGACGGUCCAAGUCAUCUGUGAUAGUUGAGAAAAACAUCAGUGGCGUGAUCGAAAGAUGGGGUACCGUGACUUGUUACGCGCUGGAUAUGAUGAAGUACGGGAGAACCAUCAAUUUAUAGAAAAAGUCAGACAGAAAGGUCUCAAUGAAUAGAUAAAGGUGAGGGUAAGAAGGAAUGAAUAGUAUUGGGAGCAUAUGGAGC